UGAUUCCUGAAUCAGACGUCUCUAGGAACGAACCGUCCGUUGUCAGACCGGUGAGGAGGAGAGAGAAAUGAGAUCAGGCUGUGGACCUGUCCAUGGAAGAGGCCAGCGAUGAGGGGCUUUUACUCCAAGCUGGACUCCUCAUCUUCUCUGAACCUGGCCGUGGAGACUGAGAAAGCUCAGGCCCUGCUCCAGACCUUCAGCACUGCCUCUUUGUUAGCCAGCGCGGGCCUGGGAGCUUUCUGCUUCCUCGUCGACCCCUUUCUGAUGCUCCCCUUCAUCCAGCACCUGUGGCUCAGGGCUGUGCUCGAUAACGCAGUCCACUGCAUCAUUGGACUCUGGUCAUGGGCCAUCGUCAUUGGUUUGAGGAAGAAAAGUGACUUCUAUGAAGUCGUCUUGGCCGGGUUUCUGGCUUCUAUUAUUGACCUGGACCACUUCUUCAUGGCUGGAUCAUUGUCACUCAAAGAUGCUGUGAAUCUGCCGCACAGGCCUCCGCUGCACUGCUCCACCCUGAUCCCAGCGCUCUGCUUCUCCCUGCGCCUCCUCAUGUGGGCCUGCCGGCUCAAGGACUCCUGGUGCUCGCUGCCCUGGAUGCUGUUCAUCUCGUUGGCGUCGCACCACAUCCGGGACGGCAUUCGGCACGGUCUCUGGGUGUGUCCGUUUGGAAACACGGCACCCAUCUCUUACUGGCUGUACGUCACCAUCACAGCCACUCUGCCUCACCUGUGCUCGGUGCUCAUGUAUCUGACCGGCACCAGAGACAUGAUCUCCACCAAACACGGAGUCGCCAUCGACGUCUGAAACACUGGCUUGAGCGUGGAUCAUUUCUCUUCGCCUCGUCGCCAUUCCAACAUAACUCGUCCUUCUUCCCCGAGAGAUGUUUGAUACUUUUAACUACUGUGGUCAUUCAGGUAUCAGUGUGAAAUCAGGUUGUAUUUACUGUGAAGACUGUGAGUAUUUUAAUAUGAAUGAUGUAGAUUAGGGUUGGGCGAUUUAAAAAACCAAAA